AUGGCUCUGGUGGCUGUUCCUGGGGUUCAGCUGCCAGGAAACCCCUCCUGGGAUGUUCCUGAUGCCAGGGUCCCCCCAGGGAGCCAAAUCCUGACUGGGAACGGGGACCAGAUCCAAACUGGGAACGGGGACCAGGUCCAAACUGGGAGUGAGGACCAGAUCCAAACUGGGAGUGAGGACCAGAUCCAAACUGGGAGUGAGGACCAGAUCCAAACUGGGAGUGAGGACCAGAUCCAAACUGGGAGUGAGGAUCAGAUCCAGACUGGGAACGGGGACCAGAUCCAAACUGGGAAUGGGGACCAGAUCCAGACUGGGAAUGGGGACCAGAUCCAAACUGGGAAUGAGGAUCAGAUCCAAACUGGGAGUGAGGAUCAGAUCCAAACUGGGAACGGGGAUCAGAUCCAAACUGGGAGUGAGGAUCAGAUCCAAACUGGGAGUGAGGAUCAGAUCCAAACUGGGAACGGGGAUCAGAUCCAAACUGGGAGUGAGGAUCAGAUCCAAACUGGGAACGGGGAUCAGAUCCAAACUGGGAGUGAGGACCAGAUCCAAACUGGGAGUGAGGAUCAGAUCCAAACUGGGAAUGAGGGUCAGAUCCAAACUGGGAGUCUGGAUCACAUCCAAACUGGGAGUGAGGACCAGAUCCAAACUGGGAAUGAGGACCAGAUCCAAACUGGGAAUGAGGACCAGAUCCAAACUGGGAAUGAGGGUCAGAUCCAAACUGGGAGUCUGGAUCACAUCCAAACUGGGAGUGAGGACCAGAUCCAAACUGGGAAUGAGGACCAGAUCCAGACUGGGAACGAGGAUCAGAUCAGUACUAGGAAUGAGGAUCAGAUCCAAACUGGGAAUGAGGAUCAGAUCCAAACUGGGAACGAGGAUCAGAUCCAAACUGGGAGUGAGGACCAGAUCCAAACUGGGAAUGAGGAUCAGAUCCAAACUGGGAAUGAGGACCAGGUCCAGACUGGGAAUGAGGAUCAGAUCCAAACUGGGAGUGAGGAUCAGAUCCAGACUGGGAACGGGGACCAGAUCCAAACUGGGAGUGAGGACCAGGUCCAAACUGGGAAUGGGGAUCAGAUCCAAACUGGGAAUGAGGAUCAGAUCCAGACUGGGAAUGAGGAUCAAAUCCAAACUGGGAAUGAGGAUCAGAUCCAAACUGGGAAUGAGGAUCAGAUCCAGACUGGGAGUGAGGACCAGAUCCAAACUGGGAAUGAGGAUCACAUCCUUACUGUGAAUGAGGAUCACAUCCUUACUGGGAAUGAGGAUUAA